AUGGUUACUAAUGAAAUAAUUCCCAAUAAAUUUAUGAUUUCUGUUGAUGGCAAAGAAUUAAAUAUUAUUACGGGUAUCCCUUACAAAAUUUCGAAUGAGAGACUUUAUAUUGAUGAUUGGGGUGGCAGACAUGGUUCAUCUCCUCGAACGACUGGUGAAAACCAUCCUCCAGAGCAUGAAUAUUAUUUCAGACAAGCGUUUGUUAUCAGGGGAACUUCAUGUACAGGAAGAUACAAAAUAAUUGUAAAUGGAAAUUUUGUGGAUAAUUGGGGAGGUGGUAGUGGAGCGGAUCUCUACCUGAGUUCAUACGAUAAUCCUCCAGAGCAUCCUUGUUAUUCAAGACAAAUAUGGUCAUUUUACUCUGCAACUGAUUCUAAAUCUAAAGAAUUUCAAAUACAGAAUGAGCAGAAUAAUUGUUUUUUAGAUGCCCUUGGUCGUGGUGAAGGCUCUCAGAUCGCUUUUUGGUCUUCUCCAACAGAUAAAAAUUAUUCAAGACAAUUAUGGAAAUUUACCCCAGCUCUUGAUUACAAGUUGAAUGCUGUAGUUGACAACUUUGAGUAUAAACUUCCUUCAGGCAUAGAAACACAGAAAAUAGAGAAAACUAUUCAUGAGGAUAUCCUGAAUAAUCUAUCUUCAUCUUCAAAACUUAUAACAACCUUUGAUUUCCAAGAAGGAUUAAUUAAUAUAUUUAAAUUUAGUUUUAAUGAAUCUCUCAAUUUUAUUUCAGAAACAAAAUUAAUUACUGUUAUUCCCUUUAAAGGUAUUGAAAAAGAGUUUAAUUUUAAAUAUAGUUUCGAAGCUAAUAAACCAAGUAAAAUUAUGGAAAAAGAAUUAUGUACAGCGACUAAAACAAUUGAAGUAUCACCAAAUCUUUGUGUGAAAGUUACAGAUUAUUGCGAUUUCAUGGUAAAUGUCGAAAUUCCUUUUGAAGCUACUGCCGAAAUAACGGCCAUAUGCGAUCGUUACAAAAAAGAUGGUACAAUAGUUAAAAAUUUCGAAGCUGAUGAAGAUGCCGUAAGAUUAUUUUUGAAAGAAAAUAAUUUUCAAGGCAAAAUAAUCAAUUCUGAAGGGAAUUCCAUUUUUGCUAAAGUAAAUGGCACAUUCCGUGGCUCAUACGUCCUAAAAACUUAUAGAAAAUUGGAAGACAUAGUUCCUACAGUUCCUACAGUUCCUAUGGUUCCCGAAAAUACUGUGUGCAGAGAUUAA